AUGCAUUACAAUGGAAUUAGUUCGCCACUGACCGCUCUGUUGUAGGUAUGGCAUGAUACUCGUCUAAUCUGGGACCCAGCAGUCUACGGUGGCAUCACGCAACUCGUCCUCAGCCAUAACAAGAUUUGGAAACCACCACUUAUUGUCAAAAACGAAAUGAACAAGAUUGGUAUGCUAUCGGAAGCCGUGGUACCUCUUAGAAUUUUCAGCAGCGGCGCUGUUAUUUGGAUUUCUCCCAUCACGAUGAACACGGUAUGCGAGGUGAAUGUCCAGAGUUACCCGUUCGACAGUCAGGAGUGCUUGGUGGAACUCGCUCCGUGGGGAUACUCUACGGAUGAAAUGGAUCUUCUUCCACUAGAUGGGUUGGCUGUCAAUCCAUUGCUGUAUGUUCCACAGGGGGAAUGGAGCUAUGUGUCGUACUCCGUCCUUCUGAACAACAUUUCGGAUCCAGUGAACACAUACCGCACCCUGCAGUUCAGGCUCAAGUUCGAGCGUCGCUGGUUGUUCUACAGCCAGUACCUUCUGCUACCCAUCAUGAUGAACUCCGUGCUGAUGAUCUCCGUGUUUCUCGUGCCGCUAGACUCCGGGGAGAAGCUGGGAUUCUCCUUGACCGUCCUGUUGUCCUACGUGGUUCUCCUCACCAUAGUAACAAACAACCUGCCUCCCAUCUCUACCAAGACAUCAGUACUGCAGAUCUACCUCUCAAUCCUGAUGAUUCUGGGCACAGUUACAACACUGCUAAGUAUUUGGGUCUUGACUCUCUACAACAAAGAUGAAACACAGCGAAUAUCGUUCUGUUUACAGAAAUUUACAGACUACGUUAUUGGACCCAUCACUUGCACGUCUUGUCAAAGCAAAAUUAGUGUGAGAAAUCGGGUGUGGUGCCAAUAUUCCACAGAUGAAAUGGCAGUGCGCUCUGCCAUCCUCGCUGGGUACGAGAUCGAUGACAUCAGCACGCAGAUCCUGUCACUGACGGCUAUCUGGUAUACGAACUGGUUUGACAGUCGUCUGCAAUGGGAUCCAAACAACUACAGUUACAUCGAAGAAAUCAUUCUCAGCCACAAAAAGAUCUGGAAGCCGUCCCUCAUCGUAAAAAACGAAAUCCAAGCGUCUGGUUUGAUCGACAACACUGAAGGGCGAGCUCGAGUGUUCUUCGAUGGGUUCGUGCUGUGGUCGUUACCCAUCACCAUGAACACGAUGUGCGAUAUCGACGUUCAGAACUACCCGUUCGACACCCAGAGUUGUACGGUACAGCUCAGUGGGUGGGGAUAUUCAACGGUCAGUCAUGGUGCUUUUGUGGGUCUCUAA